AGUUUUGUGUCAGAAGCUCGGAAGACGUGGUGGGCGAGUACGAGUACGCAUUUCUCACAGCGUUGCGCACCAACUCGCUGUUUGCUGUUUUAUUUAUAUUUUGAUGACAGUUUUCAAAAAUGGCGAAGCUGAGCGAGCACGGAAUUCGCCUGAGCUGCAUGAGCCCAUCUUACCUGCACAGUAAUUCUACGAGUCACACCUGGCCGUUCAGCGCUAUUGCUGAACUUAUAGAUAAUGCCUGUGAUCCUGGAGUCACAGCCAAACAGAUCUGGAUAGAUGCUGUUGUAAUCAAAGACACAGAAUGUUUGACCUUUACAGAUAAUGGACAAGGAAUGACUCCUAAUAAACUGCACAAAAUGCUUAGUUUUGGCUUCACUGACAAAGGCCAAAAGAAAAAUCAACAGCCAAUAGGAGUGUAUGGUAAUGGGUUCAAGUCUGGAUCAAUGCGACUUGGGAAAGAUGCUCUGAUCUUCACCAAGAAUGGAGGUUGUCUCAGCGUGGGAAUGCUGUCUCAAACUUACCUAGAAAAAAUUCGUGCACAGGCUGUUAUUGUACCUAUUGUGCCCUUCAGCCAGAUGGCACAGAAGUUGAUUGUAACAGAAGAUUCAGUUGCCAGUUUGGAAGCUAUCCUGACUCAUUCUCUUUUCCAAGCCAAAGAAGAUCUGCUGGAGCAAUUCAACACCAUCCCUGGCAAGAAAGGAACCAAAAUUUUAAUCUGGAACAUUCGGAGAAACAAGGAUGGAAAACCAGAGUUAGACUUUGAGACUGAUAAAUUUGACAUUCGGAUGCCAGAUAUCAAUUGUGAUGAUCAAGGGAGCACUGGGAAAAAGGCACACCGGGGGCAGGAGUGGCAGAACAAGAGCAUCCCAGAAAUGAACUACUCACUUCGGGAAUACUGCAGCGUUCUGUACCUAAAGCCUCGUACCCAGAUUAUUCUGCGUCAGAAGAAGGUCAACACCAAACUAAUAGCCAAAAGUCUUGCCAAUAUUGAGUAUGAUGUUUAUAAACCCAGUUUCCUUAGCAAAAAGGUGCGAAUUACAUUUGGUUUCAACUGCAAAAAUAAGGAUCACUGUGGGAUCAUGAUGUACCACAAAAACCGGCUGAUCAAGGCUUAUGAGAAAGUGGGCUGCCAGAUUAAGUCUGGCAGCAGAAGAACUGGCCAUGGGGUGAUUGGAGUGAUAGAGUGUGAUUUCCUGAAACCAGCUCACAACAAGCAGGAUUUUCAGUAUACCAAGGAGUACAGGUUGACUUUGGCUGCUCUUGGAAUGAAACUUAAUGAUUACUGGAAGGAGAAGAAGGAAACAAAAGCAAAUGAGAAGUGUGAAGCCAACAAGGAGGAAAAGCCAGAUCAAAUAUGGGUUCAAUGUGAAGACUGUCUGAAAUGGAGGAAAUUGCCCAGAUUUGUUGAAGAUCAGGGGCUCCCUGAACCAUGGUAUUGCCAUCUCAAUCCCAACCCCAAGUUCAGGAACUGUAUAGUCCCAGAGGAGCAAGAAGAAAGUGAAGAUGAACUUACUCCAAGCUAUGACAAGACUUUCAAAAAACAGGAGUCAAGCCUAGAUCAAAAAAGAAGAAAAUCUGUUCAGGCUACUGCAUAUAAGCAGGAUGAUUCAGAAGAGCUGUUGGAAACAGCAAAGCACAGCACUGUAAUGAGUGAAAUGGAAUCUUCAACCAAAAUGGAGAGUCCAAAGUCCUUAACACUUAACAGCAAGAAAAGAAAAACAGUCUCCAAUAAUGCCGGCUAUAGCAAGAGGCCCAAAUCUACAAUAUGUGCUGACCAAUAUACAAGAAAAGGCCAAGCUCAAGACUCGUAUGGUGAAGAGGGUGACGAUGACAUGUCUGAGGAACAUGAUGAAGAUGUUGAUGAUGAUGUAAUCUUUACCCAAGAAAAAAAGGCAAAGUCCACCUUAAGAAAAAUAAAAAAUGAGUUUUCCCAAGAUUCAGAAAAUGCCAAGGAUACAGAUACCGUUUAUGACCAAAAAUUGAAUGGAGAUAGCCCUCUGCACAACUCAGAAAUCAGAGUAUCAGAAUCAAUUUGCUCUACGACACAGACAAAUAUACUUCAUGUUGUAAAGAAAAAUGACAGUGAAAUUAAAGGAGAGAUGGAAGAAAAUAAUAAUUUAGUAGACAACAUGGAUGAGGAUGACUUCAACCUUACUGCCAGUGUUCCAUUACAGUCUGCAGAAAAUGUUGCUAUGUCUGAAAGAAUCACUGAGUUGGAGAAUGAGGCUAAUGGAUUACGAAGGAUGCUGGGUGGUCCUGUUAUUUUAAAUAUGAGCAAAGAUCAAAGUUUUUCAAAGGAAAAGCUGCCGUCUAGCAUGGAGGAGUUAGAGAUCUCCUACCAUGAGGUUAGCCAAGAAAGAGAUCUUUUAAGCCAGAGCCUGAAGGAAGCUGCUACUACAUUAAAGUCCAUCUCCGCAGAAAGAGACAAGUACCAGCUCAAGGUCACUCAGCUUGAGCUGGAGAGAGCACAACUGCAAGAAGAGUGUAACAAGAGCCAACAAGAGUUAAUUCUGCUGCAGUCACAAUCCACUGUGAACAGUGAGCAAGUCUGCUUGUAUAGCAAAAAGAAUAAAAAUAUUCACUAUAGCACAUUUGAACCUCUGAAUUCAGAGUUAGACAGACUACGAGUUGAAAAACAAAACUUAGAAAACCAGGUGAAACAGCUAGAUCACAGACUGAAGAGAUCAAAAGAGACCCUGGACAAAGCUACCAGCACGCAAUCUGUUUCAACAGAAGGUAUGCCCCUGGUUCAAGUACGUAGACUGAGGGAGAAUGUGGCUCUUCUGCUUUCUUCAGUGCUGCCUCACUUGGACCUUCAGGAUAUCAACUACGACACAGGGGACAUUGACCACAUUCUGGAGCAGGUUAUUGAAGCCAACAAAAUCUGAACUGUAAAGAACAAUAAGCCCUUUGACUUUUUAUACCAUCUUUGGCCUUAACUGCUUAUCUUCUAGAUAACCAUUGACUGUUAUAUCUAGUUAUGAAGUGCCUACAGUGCAAGUUCAAAGUCUUGAAAAUAGCAUUAUCAAUUGUAUUGUCUACAAUGCUUAAAAGUAGCACAAUGUCAUUACCAACAUAAUUAUACUUAGAAGACUGCCUGUGUAGUACUGGUUUAAACAGUAUGUCUUUAACAAACAAAUAUGAUGAUAUUUCAACUUAUGAUUGUUCAUGGAACAAUACAGCGAGGUCUGAGGACUUUCAAAAGAAAUAUUUAUCAAUGUUCUUUUGAAUGUACCUUCUGAUCCAAGAAUUUAAAUCAACAUAUUUUUAAAAAGUGUUUUUGCAUAAAUGUCAUGAAACUUAUCAUAACUGGUAAAAACAUUAUGAAAUCAUUGUAUUCUUUUACACUAAAAUAUGGUUUAAAUUUCCAAUUUUGUCACAGCAACUUCGGAAAGUGUUCUUUGAAGAGGUACUUUUGCAUGUCUGUUUUUUCUCAUUCAGUUACACAACCCAAUUUAAACCCCAAGUUCUACCAUGGGUUGAAAAUGUGGGAGCAAACUAUAGUUAAGCAGUUGAAUCCAUUUGCGUAGUGAAGAUCAACAUCACCAUUCACAAAUUACAGGCUAACUAGCCUGCUGAUUGGCCUUAGACUUCUGGGUAGGCUGGAGGAAGAGGAGAUUGUAAAAGUUAAAUCAAACAAGCUGAAACAGAAAAGGAGAAAUAAAAAAUAUUUUAAAAGAAAAGUCAGGAUUAAUUUUUUUUAAAUGUUUUCAUACAGUUAUUAGAAGCUUGAGUAAGGCUCUAAUCAAACAAGAACCAGCACAAGGAAAAACACUGUUACAAUCAGUUCCUACAUAAAAAGCACAGAAGUUAAAAAAACUCCUGUCCAUAGUUCUAACUGCUAGCUUCUGCUCUACUGAAAUGUCAAUGCAGAGAGUAAACAGCAGCUCACCUUCUACUUACUCUGUAUCUUAUGUUUUUUGUUUUUGAAAACUGGGUUGUUCAAUUGACAUGUUUUGCCUGGUCCUUAAAAUAUCUUUCCCAAAUCAUAAAAAGGUUUAACUACAGGUAGCAUGAAGAAAUCUCAGAAAAUUCAUUCUCAAAGAUUAAGGUAGGCAAUUCAAUGUUCAUGUAGUUCAUUUAAAGCAUGUUUUGUCCAGUUCAUGUUUCUGAAUAUUGAGAACCAUACUAGAAAAUGUUUAGUGUGCCUAGAAAUGAAUGCAACCAUUAUCUUUGGCCUAAUUUGCAUAUUGUUAGGGAAGUGUCCCUAGUACUUUGUACUUUUUAUCACUUUGUCCCAAACAUGCUCAGUGCGUCAGUGCAGGCAUUGGCAAUACCAGCCUUCAGAAGGGGAAGCAAUCCAAGUUUUAGGUGAAAUUUCUCCAUAGUGGCCCAAACAUCAUUACUGUAGAUGGAAAGUUUUAAAAAAGAAAACUGCAAUGAGUAAAGUAAAUAUUUGACGUUGCAUACUGUAAGGUGCUUUUUACUGAUGCAAUAAGUUGCAUUGUGUUGAACAUUAUAUCAGUCUUUUGCUUUAGUUCUCAGAGCACACCAUUACAAUUCACUUUAAAGUAAAAUGUUAAAAUACAAAAUCAUUUAAUAGAUGCUUGAUAAAUUACACAUAAUCAGAAUGAUGCAGUGAAUUCAUCUGCAUCAGUGAGAAAAAGAAGUGUACAGUGCUGGCAAACACAAAACACUUCUGCACCUUUUCGUUACCUUUUUGGAUUUCAUUUAAAAAAAUGUUGAACUCCAGAUGUUUCUUGUUGUAUUAUAACUUGUAAAUCUUAGAAAAUUGCCUUUUUUAUGUCAUUUGAGUAUGUGUGCAUUUUUAAUGUGUGUUUGUACUGAAGAGUGGCUAGCUGUUUUGUGUGUAUUUUAUAUAAAUUUUUUAAUAAAAUAAGAGCCUUUAAGUUGAAUACAAAUUUUUCCAUAGGCUGAUUAAAUUGCAGUAUGUGUGCAUUUCUAUUGGCAUGUAAUUACAGUAGCUUUAAUGGGUGUCUUAAACAAGCAUUAAAAGUAACUUACUGAACGGCAUUGCAAGCAGUUCAGGAAUGUAAAAAAUGUUAUAUGAGUUGGUGUGACAUACAAAACAAUUGAGGCGUUGCAUCAAAGUAAACAAAUAGGCUUUCUGAACCCAUUUUUUCCAUUACAGAGUCUCAGGACAGGAACCAAUCCCAGCAUGUCAUUGUGCUGCCCUAAAGUUAUAGUCACCCUAAAAAAAAUAAAAGAAAGUUGAAAAUAACAAUUACUGCUGAGCCUUCUUCAGGGGCGUUGAUGCUCAAGUUGUGUUUCUAACUUACCUUCCUCUUGCUUUUUAAAGAUAGAGAAUGUUCUUAUCUUUGUCAUACUGUUUUCUUUAAAUCUUGAAUUUUUCUUGAGCGGUCAUAUACAUCAGGUCUUCAUCUGCUGAAGAAUGGUCAGCAUAGUGGCACAGUUGUCAAUGUUGCUGCCUUAUUGCUUUAGGAACCCUAACAGCAAGGCUGUCUUGUUUGAGUGGGCUACAUCCACGUUUAAAAGACAUACAUUUUGGGCUUAUGAGUGAUUCUAAUCUGGCACUUAUGUUUAAUUCUACAGGGAUAGGCUAUGGCAACACUUGACUCUGUAUAGGAAUAAGUGGGUUCUGAAUAUGGGCAGAGGGGAACUGACAACAAUACUUAAGCAAUAUGUUUGCAUUGUGUUUAUUUUUUUGUGUGAGUUCACAGCAUUAAGUAGUUUAAAACAGUUUACUCAAAUGUAUUUAAGAAUUGUUUAAAAUGAACAUAACAACACAUGCUGCUAAAUAAAAUGCACUUCCUGUAUAUCAUGA